AUGGGGGGAGCGCGGGGCAUGGGUGACAGGGAGGCUGGCCUGAUGCAGGAAUGGUUCUCGCUGGGGGUGGGGCACACUGCGCUGGCGCCUCGGCAGAUAGUCUGUGGGCCCGACCUGGCUCGGCAGCCAGGAGGUGGGACGUGUAAGUACACGGCGUGCGCUGGAUCCUCACAGGCCACUGAAAUUUAUGUCUCACCCCUCGGCAGAUCAAUAUCUGGUUCCCCAGAAAGCCGAGGGGCAGGCGGGCAGGGAGUGGCUGCUGUCAGGGCCUGCUCCCAGCCCCUCCCUGUGGACCCAGCCCAUGUUUUGACUUUCACACUCCGCGGGCCAGGCAUUUUCUCCCUCUUUGACUCCGUAUCCCAGAGAAACGGAGUGUGCGAUGGUUCAGAGCAGACAACCUUCAAAGUCCCCAUCUGGUCCUGGCGUCGGUGGUUCCUGGCGUCGGUGGUUCCUGGCGUCGGUGGUUCCUGGCGUCGGUGGUUCCUGGCGUCGGUGGUUCCUGGCGUCGGUGGUUCCUGGCGUCGGUGGUUCCUGGCGUCGGUGGUUCCUGGCGUCGGUGGUUCCUGGCGUCGGUGGUUCCUGGCGUCAGUGGUUCCUGGCGUCAGUGGUUCCUGGCGUCAGUGGUUCCUGGCGUCAGUGGUUCCUGGCGUCAGUGGUUCCUGGCGUCAGUGGUUCCUGGCGUCAGUGGUUCCUGGCGUCAGUGGUUCCUGGCGUCAGUGGUUCCUGGCGUCAGUGGUUCCUGGCGUCAGUGGUUCCUGGCGUCAGUGGUUCCUGGCGUCGGUGGUUCCUAACGUCGGUGGUUCCUGGCGUCAGUGGUUCCUGGCGUCAGUAGUUCCUGGCGUCAGUGGUUCCUAA